AUGAGCUACGGCAAGAAAGACGAAGAUGCCGACCUGGGCUUGGUCAAGGUGGACCGCACGCAGGUUUUCCAGGAAGCCCGCCUGUUCAACAGCUCUCCCAUCCAGCCGCGACGAUGCCGGAUUCUCCUGACGAAGAUUGCUCUGCUGCUCUAUACCGGCGAGAAAUUCCCCAAGAACGAAGCGACGACCCUCUUCUUCGGCAUCUCGAAGCUCUUCCAGAACAAGGAUGCCAGCCUUCGCCAAAUGGUCCACCUUGUCAUCAAGGAGCUGGCCAAUUCGGCCGAGGAUAUCAUCAUGGUCACCAGUACGAUUAUGAAGGACACCGGCGGCAGCACUGACGCCAUCUUCCGACCGAAUGCCAUUCGCGCCCUGUGCCGCAUCAUCGACGCCACGACCGUCCAGUCGAUCGAACGUGUCAUGAAGACCGCCAUUGUCGACAAGAACCCGUCCGUCUCGUCGGCCGCGCUCGUCUCCUCGUAUCACCUCCUCCCCAUCGCCAAAGAUGUUGUCAAGCGAUGGCAAAGCGAGACUCAGGAGGCGGCGGCUGCUAGCAAGUCCUCGAGUGGCGGUUACUCGCUCGGUUUCUCCUCGUCCGCCGGUAACCUGCCCAUGAACAACUCGACCAUGACGCAGUACCACGCCAUUGGUCUGCUGUAUCAGAUGCGCAGCUCGGAUCGCAUGGCGCUCGUCAAGAUGGUGCAGCAGUUCGGUGCCGCUGGCGUGGUGAAGAGUCCCGCUGCUCUCACCAUGUUGGUGCGCCUCGCCGCCCAGCUCGCCGAGGAGGAUGCCUCGCUACGGAAGCCCAUGGUGCAGCUGCUGGACGGCUGGUUGCGCCACAAGAGCGAGAUGGUCAACUUUGAGGCGGCCAAGGCCAUCUGCGACAUGCGGGAUGUGACGGAUGCUGAGGUGAACCAGGCCGUUCAUGUCCUCCAGCUGUUCCUGACAUCGCCACGCGCCGUCACCAAGUUUGCGGCCCUCCGCAUCCUGCACAACUUCGCCUCGUUCAAGCCACAAGCCGUCAACGUGUGCAACCCCGACAUUGAGCUCCUCAUUUCGAACAGCAACCGAUCGAUCGCGACCUUUGCCAUCACCACGCUCCUCAAGACAGGCAACGAGGCCUCGGUGGACCGCUUGAUGAAGCAGGUCUCGGGCUUCAUGUCCGAGAUCACGGACGAGUUCAAGAUUACCAUUGUCGAGGCUAUCCGCACCCUCUGCCUCAAGUUCCCCAGCAAGCAGGCUGGCAUGCUGACAUUCCUCAGCGGCAUCCUGCGCGACGAGGGAGGCUACGACUUUAAGCGCGCUGUCGUGGAGAGUAUGUUCGACUUGAUCAAGUUCGUACCGGAUUCCAAGGAAGAUGCCCUGGCGCAUCUCUGCGAGUUCAUCGAGGACUGCGAGUUCACCAAGCUGGCCGUCCGCAUCCUCCACCUGAUCGGGUUGGAGGGCCCCAAGUGCUCGAACCCCACAAAGUAUAUCCGGUACAUCUACAACCGUGUCGUACUCGAGAAUGCUAUUGUGCGCGCGGCCGCCGUCACUGCCCUGGCCAAGUUUGGUGUCGGACAGAAGGAUCCCGACGUCAAGAGCAGCGUCAGGGUCCUGCUGACCCGCUGCCUCGACGACGUCGACGACGAAGUCCGCGACCGUGCUGCGCUGAACCUCAAGUUGAUGAGUGAAGAGGACGACGACAUGGCGCUUGACUUUGUCAAGAACGAGUCCAUGUUCUCGCUGCCCACGUUUGAGCACCAGCUGGUGAUGUACGUCACCUCGGACGACCAGUCGGCAUUCGAGUCGCCCUUUGAUAUCGCCAAGAUUCCCAUCGUCACCCGCGAACAGGCGGAUGCCGAGGACCGCACCAAGAAGCUCACGGCCACUGCGCCCACGCUCAAGGCCCCCAAGGCCGGGCCCACAAAGUCGUCUGCCUCCAGCGCCGAAGCGGCCGCGUCGGCGUCGGCCCAGGCCCAGAGGUAUGCUCAGGAGCUCAGCGAGAUCCCAGAGAUCCAGGAAUUUGGCGCCGUCCUCAAGUCGUCGCCGAUUGUCGAGCUCACAGAGGCCGAGACCGAGUACGUCGUCAACCUCGUCAAGCACAUUUUCAAGGAGCACAUUGUGCUGCAGUUCGAGGUCAAGAACACCCUGCCGGACACGGUGCUCGAGAACGUCUCGGUGGUGGCGACGCCCUCGGAAGAGGACGAGCUCGAGGAGGCCUUUAUCAUGGAGGCUGCGCGCCUCUCAACGGACGAACCCGGCAAGGUAUAUGUUGCGUUCCAAAAGGUCAAUGGCGAGGGCGCUCUGCCCCUCAGCACCUUUAGCAACGUCCUCAAGUUCACCAGCAAGGAGAUUGACCCCUCGACAGGCGAGCCCGAGGCGGAAGGCUACGAUGAUGAGUACGAAAUCUCCGAGUUUGACCUCACCGGCAGCGACUACAUCAUCCCGACGUUUGCCAGCAACUUUAGUCAUCUGUGGGAGCAGAUUGGCGCGUCAGGGGAGGAGGCCGAGGAGACCCUGCAGCUCGGUGGGAUGAAGAGCAUCGCAGAUGCCACGGAGCAACUCGCAAAGACACUCUCCCUCCAACCCGUCGACGGGACCGACGUGCCCGUCAAUCAAAGCACACAUACCCUCAAAUUGCUGGGCAAGAGCGUGUCCGGCGGCCGCGUGGUGGCCACCGUCCGGAUGGCCUUUUCCUCCAAAUCGGGUGUGACGACAAAGCUCACGGUGCGAAGCGAGGAGGAGAAUGUGGCGGCGCUGGUGAUUGCGUCGGUGGCAUGA